AUGAUUUCUCCUCGAAGUUUCAGAAGUAGGGCCACGGAUCUUGUCUCGAAUUAUCAAAUUUUCAACUUGAAUCUGAUAAAAAGGAGCAACAAAUAACAAUGAAGGUCAACGUAGAUGGUUUGUUAGUUCACUUCCCCUAUGACUACAUCUACCCAGAGCAGUUUAUGUACAUGAUGGAGCUGAAAAAGCUUCUAGAUGCCAAGGGUCAUGGAGUUCUUGAGAUGCCAUCAGGAACAGGGAAGACUGUUUCUCUGCUAGCUCUUAUCGUCGCUUACAUUCAGGCCAAUCCUCAUGAACUUACCAAACUCAUCUACUGCUCAAGAACAGUUCCUGAAAUUGAAAAGGCGGUGGAAGAAUUGCGAAGACUGUUAGAUUACAUUGAGGAACAGACUGGGGAGAAACCCAAUUUUGUAGGCCUGGCUCUCAGCUCCAGGAAGAACCUCUGCAUACAUCCAGAGGUUAGUAAGGAGAGAAUUGGGAAAGUGGUCGACAGCAAGUGCCAUUCCCUCACAGCAUCUUACAUCAGAGAGCGUAGGAAACAUGAUCCAGCUGUUCCUAUCUGCGACUUCUAUGAGGAGUUUGAUGCCGCCGGGCGUGAUUCUCCCAUAGAACCUGGUGCCUAUAGUCUUGAUGACCUGAAAGAGAUAGGUCGACAGAAUGGAUGGUGUCCUUACUUCUUGGCCAGAUACACAAUCACUCAUGCCAACAUCAUCGUGUACAGUUAUCACUACCUCCUGGAUCCCAAGAUUGCAGAACAGGUCUCCAAAGAACUCUCAAAGCAAUCCGCAGUUAUCUUUGAUGAAGCUCACAACAUAGAUAACGUAUGUAUCGAGUCCAUGAGUGUGAACAUCAGCAGAAAAACGUUGGAUAAGAGUAACCAGAAUUUGGAUUCCCUCACCAGACAUAUCAAUCGUAUCAAAGACACAGAUGCCCAGCGCUUGAGGGAAGAGUACCAGAGGCUUGUGGAUGGGCUUAGAGAAGCAAGUAGAGCAAGAGAGACGGAUGUACAUCUCAGUAAUCCAGCACUCCCUGAUGAAGUGCUAGACGAGGCUGUACCCGGUAACAUCCGUACUGCGGAGCAUUUCAUUGGCUUCUUGAGAAGGUUUGUGGAAUACCUGAAGACAAGGUUAAGAGUCCAGCAUGUCAUCUCAGAAACACCAGCAUCAUUCCUCAAAGACGUUUUCUCCAAAGUGUGCAUUGAGAGAAAGCCACUCAGAUUCUGUGCAGAGCGGUUACAUUCUUUGCUACGUACCUUAGAGCUCACAGACGUGCAGGAUAACAUGUCUCCUUUAGUGGCUGUAUCAGGGUUUGCUACUCUGGUCAGCACGUACACAAAAGGUUUCAGCCUCAUCAUAGAACCUUUCGAUGACAAAACACCAACCAUUUCAAACCCAGUACUUCAUUUCAGCUGUAUGGAUGCCUCUAUAGCCAUUAAGCCUGUAUUUGACAGGUUUCAGUCUGUUGUCAUUACAUCAGGGACACUUUCACCACUGGAUAUGUAUCCCAAGAUUCUUGACUUCAGACCUGUGUCGAUGGCUUCCUUCUCCAUGACUCUAUCACGCAGUAGCAUCUGCCCAAUCAUUGUAGCAAGAGGAAACGAUCAAGUAACAAUAUCAUCCAGGUUUGAGAGCAGAGAAGAUGUGGCGGUCAUCAGGAACUACGGCAAUCUCAUAGUUGAACUUUCAGGUAUCGUCCCUGAUGGAAUAGUAGCUUUCUUCACCAGCUAUACUUACAUGGAGUCGGUAGUUGCCACCUGGUAUGAGCAGGGGAUCAUUGACAGCAUACAGAAGAAUAAACUUCUCUUCAUCGAGACACAGGAUGCUGCAGAGACCAGUAUUGCACUUAACAACUACCACAAGGCCUGUGAGAAUGGACGAGGUGCCAUCUUGCUGUCUGUAGCCAGAGGCAAAGUGUCUGAAGGAAUUGAUUUUGAUCACCACUACGGGAGAGCAGUGAUCAUGCUGGGUAUACCAUACGUCUACACCCAGUCUAGGAUUCUGAAGGCUCGUCUUGAAUACCUGAGAGAUCAGUAUCAGAUCAAAGAGAAUGACUUCCUCACUUUUGAUGCAAUGAGGCAUGCAGCACAGUGUGUUGGACGAGCUCUGAGAGGGAAGACAGACUAUGGAAUCAUGGUCUUUGCUGACAAGAGAUAUUCCAGAGCAGAUAAGAGAGGGACUCCAAGAUGGAUCCAGGAGUAUCUGAAGGACAGCGUACUCAAUCUAUCGACGGAUGAAGCUGUGCAGAUCAGUAAACGAUUUCUACGCCAGAUGGCUCAGCCAUUCAAGAGGGAGGACCAAUUAGGGAUGUCUUUACUCACACUUGAACAAUUAGAAUCGGACGAGAUGAAGAAGAAGCUAGACCAGACCGUUCAUCAAGUCUGACAUGGAACUGAAAAGACAAGGACCCACAAGGCUUGUCUCUUCUCACACUUGAACAGUUAAGAAUCUGAAGAGAUGAAAACAAAGCUAGACCAAAACAUUCACCAAGUCUGACGUGACAUUAAACGACCGGGACUAGUGAGGCAUGUCUCUUCUCAUACUGGAGUAAGUAGAGUCAGAGAAGAUGAAGAUGAGGCUGGAUUAAACAGUUCACCAAGCCUUACAUGGAAUAGAAAAGACUAGGACCAGCAUGAGCAUGACAUAUGUCUCCAACAUUUGAGCUUCUAGAGUCAGACAAUAUGAAGAAGAAAAUGGACCAAAUGGUGCUUUAGGUCUGAUGUGGGAUCAACCAUUUUGUUGAGUGCAUUUGAGCUUGUGAGAUGUCAAAGGUCAAAGGAACACUACAAAUGAUGGUCAGGAACAGUUUGGUGCCUGCAUUUUCCUAAGAUAACCUCUCUCUUGCUCUCGGGAGCUGGACCAAAUUAUCAAGUCUGACAUUGAAUAGCUAACUCCACACUGACCACAAAAAAUCCACUCAUGACCCCAAAGAAGCCCCCCCCCCCCCCUCCCUCCCUCCCCCUCAUAUAUUAAAUGAAACAGAAGUCAAUGUAGAGCCAUGAAUGUUUAACAAUGAUCAUUAGGAACAAGUCUGUCACAAUGACAUCAGGAGAUAAACAUAACUCAGAUGAGCUUUAUCGCAUUGAUGACUGAUUAUCAACUCAGGCAUGGAAUUGGCAAUCUUACACUCAGGAGCUUUAUUUUGAUCCACCAAGGCCUUACAGUUUGGAGCUCCAUUUUCAUUCUUUGGAGCUGUUCUGAAUCAUGUAACAUGCGUGAUAUGGAAUUGAAAAAUGUUAAAUUUAUGGGCUGCAUUUUGGACCAUGAGAUGCAAGAUGCCUGGAACUUAGUACAUUUAGAAUGGAGAAAUUGCAUUCAUAUGCUGGUUUAAAAAGCAAACAUGUUAGUAUUAUAGAUAUGCAACAAAGGACCUAUUCUAGGCGUUUUUAAGUGAUGAUUAUCGCUCAAGGAUUACUUUGUAGUAUAUGCACUCCACGAGGACCCUGUUUCAUAAAACUUCUUAGUAAUAAUAAAUUUGCUAUUAGCCAAUCAAAUGCAAGGAUUUCAGUAGCUUAUAACAGUUAUAGUACCGUGUCAUUGAUGACAAAUUUUUGUUGUAAUUUAGGUAUUCUGUAAGUUGUGCUUCUACUUAGACUUAAAGUCUUUUGGUUAUGAAUUCACAGUUUAAUGCAAAAACAAGGAACUAGCAAUGUUCACUCAUGUAUGGAUAACUGAUAUAUCGUGUGCUUGGAGCCACGAGGAUCUUAAUUUGUAUACAUUGUACCUCUUCAUAGAGUUAUUAAUGCCAAACAGAUGUGAAGGGUUAAAAGUUAAAAUGUUUCCACCAGUGCAGUUAAUUCACAACCCUGAUGAUAACAGAUGGAGAGAAUAUAUGAUCCUAAGUCCAAGCCAUGUAAAAUUUAAAAAAAAAUGAUUCUGCAUGUCUUUUUGAAAGUUGAUAUAUUUCAGUAUGAAUUGUAUCACAUAUCAUGUGUAAAAUAUGUAAAUUAAACUUUUUUUAAACACAAGAAA